AUGCCUGCUGCACCGCUUCCCGGCGAGGUUGCGAAGUUCUGCAGCCCCCUUUACAUGCACAAGAGAAUACUUAGAGCCGCCGCUCCUAAACCGCCGACAGUUUUCACCGCGAAAGACAACUCAAAAACGGCUUUUCAUGUGGUAACGCAACGACCAGGAUUUGCAACCACUCCUUACACUGUCAGUCGUUGGUAUCUUAAAGAAAAGGUUCACAGCAGCAAUAGGAACCGUUUGGAAGGAUUGUACGAAUGUGUACUUUGCGCCUCAUGCACGGGAAGUUGCCCUCAGUAUUGGUGGAAUCGCGAACUUUUCCUCGGCCCUGCGGUGCUUCUUCAAUCGUACCGGUGGCUGAUUGAACCCCUCGACCGUGAUUUUGACAGUCGGGUAAAGAUGUUUGAACAUGGCCCGCUUGUGAACUUUUGUCAUAAUAUCUUCAACUGCAGCAUCACAUGCCCAAAGUUUCUCAACCCGGGAAUGGCUUCGAAGGAAAUUAAGCGCCUUUCAUCACCAGCAACGCUGCGUGUGGGGCCACCGCUGGAGGAUGCAAAAGUCGCCUCCAAGUAUUAA